CAUAUAUAUAUAUGAGCAAAGUUUUUUUAAGUUAAUGAGGUGCAAGGAACAUUUAACCGACCUCAGCAGCAGCGUCGGCGUCUGUGCCACAUGUCUCCGGCAGCGUCUUCUUGCGGUCCUCGCCGCCCAAGCUCAAUUAGCACGCGCUGCCCAGAGUCUUCGGAAAUCUGACCCACCGCCGCUGAUUUUCCCUCGGUCUGUUUCUCCUUACGUUAGUCGACGGAAAUCUGAAGACAGCGGUGCCAACUGGAUCCACCACCAGCGAUUCUACAGCACUCCCCUGGUGGGGCCUACCCACGGCACCGCUACUACCGGCGAUUUUGAAGCGGCCAGGUCUUUCAAAAAGAAAAACAGGUUCUCGCUUUUUUCGGAUCUGUUCAGAUCGAGAUCCGAGAAGUUCAAUUCGGAUCCUAGUGUUCAUUAUCAUCGGGACUCGUCUGAUGAACCGUCCUCGUCCUCCUCAUCCCCGUCUUUAUUCUCGGCAAUCUUUGCUGUUCGUCGAAAAAAGAACCAAUCUUCGAGGACAACUCGUGUAGAAGAAUUUGCCCAAUUCGGUCCAGGGGAUACAAAACCAUCCAGGAUCACGGAUCGGGGAAUGUCGCCCGCGAUUGAAGCAGAUUUGGGAGACGAGUGUCAUCGAUUACCAUCUAGAAUCUCGCCGGAGGCUUCCCCACAGUGGAAGAGGACACCGAAGGCGGCGAGGAGAUCAAGGAGCGGGGCAGGGAACUCAUCGGGACUGGCCUUUUGCUUUAGCCCGUUGGUGAGGGCGAGUCCGAACCGGCACUGGAACCAGAAGGGCGGGUUUCCGCCGGACGUCAUUUACCGGCGAUGGUAGACCGGCAAUGAAGCCCCCGCUUGCAACCGAACAGGUCCAGGAAGCUUGCUGAUAUGGGCACAAUCGAUUACAAGUACUAAGUGCGUUCCAGGAAAAAGAAACUACUACUGUACAACGCAAUCUAAGGAGUGAGCUUCUUAUGGUACUUGAAAGCAAGGGGGGUAAAUUUCUUGGAAGUUGAAGGUGGUUAGGCCGGGAGGACCAGCAUUAAUGAGGUGGCAUAAUGCUGUGCAGUUGAUGGUGGGCCUAUCGUCUUAAUGGCGGCGACUCCAAGGCUUAAAAAAAAGGGCAGCAGAAAUUAAUAAACGCGACAGAGUUCGACAUAUUAAUGAGGGUGCACUUAAAUGAUUUUUCGUCUCUUUAGUUUUACUGAUAAAGCACAUGAUCAUCUCCUUCAUCAUCAGCAGUGAGAAGCAGAGGGUUGGGUUUCACAGGAAUCAGAAAUCAGAAAUGGCAUUCGGGGUCGGAUAGCUUCGACAACGUGGAGAUGGUAAUGGCAAUGGCUGGUUGAAAGUUGAAACUACAUUGAGGAAGAAGAAUGAGAUGUUGAACAUCAACAGGAGGAUGGAUUAAGAGUGACCAUCUUGAGUCUGUUUUGGUGGGUUACUACCUCAACUUGAUUUUGCAUCAAAUAUCUGCAAACGCUUCAACUCGCAAUAAACUGUUUUUUGCCGUUAUCUUCAUAUAUUCUCAACGUUUAACGGUUAAAGUAGUUGAUUAGUAGGUACUGUUGCCAUUGAUGCCGGUAAUAAAAGCAUAGAAAUUGGCUGGUUGCAUAAGCUACUAAACAUACCAAAAAUGGAAUUUUGAAGGCUUUAGUUUAUUGUUGCCGAAGCUAUAUGAAGAUGGAAUUGGCAUGCUUUAGCUACUCUU